UGCCGCGAGGCAUGCCGGGAGCUGAAGUCCCGCCGCCCUCUCCCGAUGCUCGCCGGGAAUGGUAGUUCGCCGCCCACGCCCUUUGCACUGUCAGCCUGGCCUUCAAAGGAAGCGGCUCCCGGGGAUGGGCACGGUGCGGAGUUUUAGUUGCUGGAGUCCCAGCUUCGCGAGGGUAAGAUGCUUUUAUUGUUAUUAUUAUUGUUAUUUUUCUCCUCCUGGGAAGUCUGGGUAUUGUUGGCCAGGCUAUUAAGCUGACUGGGGAAGGGGAUUUAAAAACAACAACAACAACAACAACAGGGGAGGGUUUCUUUUAAGACUGGGGGCUUUACGAUUAACUAAAACAACUGCGCUUUAGAGCAUGUACAGAGUGCUGCCAGCCUGCCAGGGAAGGAUCAGCAGCACCCCCCAGUGCAGCAACCUAUUAAAUUGCGAUUAGGGAAAGUUUUCUAGCGAAAAGGAAAGGACUGUGAGCUGUAAGCUCUCUCUCUCUCUCUGGUUUUUAAAAAAUAUAUACAAAAGUAAUAUGGUUGUAUCUAUGAUUGGGAUUAGGAAAAAUUUCCUGGUGAAAUAGAAGACUGUGAGCCGCCAGCUGUCAUGUAGGCCGCUAGACUUUUUAAUAAUAUGUUUAUAAUUGCUUUUGGAAACACACUUUGGGCAUGGGGAAUUACCGGUAACUCUCCUGUCCAGGGGGUUCGAUGUUGUUUGUUUGUUUUAUUCGUUUAGUUAGCUAAAAAUCUAUACGCUGCUUGCUUUCAAAGAAAAACAGCAGCCCUCAAAGUGCUUUGCAAGAAGAUCAGGCAAUAAAAUCCAGGCGCUUUGAAACGUAACGAAGUUAAAAUGCUAAAACAGGUUCGAAUUAUCUCAACUUCCUAUUUAUUUACUAAAUUUGGAUGCCGUCCUUCGUUCGUAGAUCUCAGGGCGGUUUACAGCAUAAAAAUACAGGGUGGAAACACAAAACGAAAUGAACCAAUAUACCUCCCUUCCCCAUGCUAGUCUUCACUCAGAGUAGGACCACUGGAAUUAAAAGGCAGGUGUAACUUGGGGGUUCCUUAGCUUCUGCGGACCUGCUUUCUCAGUUUUAAUGCAGCAGCCCUGUGUCUUUCUUCUUAGCAUGUAUACUGGUAGCUACUGUAUUUUAGGGGACCUUUUUAAAAAGCCAGUACAGUUGUGACAUGAAUUGGCACUGCUUUGCUGGCAUUACCUUGCUUGCCCGGGGAACUUAGCUAGUGAGGACUGGUUUGGGCAAUUAUAGUUUUAGCAAAUUGCAGUAGAGCUCUUCUGUUCCUGUUAAAACAAAAUAAAGCAGGGUGGAAGGGGGAAAACGGUUUUGAUCUUUAAACGUUAAGUGCCUUUAGUCUGCAAUCCUAACACUAUUUACCCAGGAGUAUUGAAUUCAAUACGACUUACAUCAGAGUAGACAGAGUUCUGCUGUAUAUUGUGGAGGAAUGACUGUUUUAUACCUAAUGGUUCAAAAUGCUUUCGGUGAAGUCAGUUUUAAUGCUGCAGCUACAUUAGUUGCGUGAAUUUUAUGUGAAUUUUGAUCGUAACGAUUGUAUCAUGUAUUAUAUUUUGUUGUAUGUUAUUUAGUUGUCUGCUGUCCUGUGACUGCUGCAUUGAAGGGCGGUAUAAAAAUACAUCAAUAAAUAAUAAAUUUCACCAAUAAAUGCAUCUUGGUGGUGAUUUCUUUAAGCACUCUUUUUUUUUUACUGCUCUAGUGGCUAAAAUAUUUGAUUUCUGUGUGGUUUAGUAAUAUGCGUUUUGAUUCGUUCUCUUCCAUCUCUUAGACUUUAGGAGUAUUCAUUUUUGAGGGGGCAUGUUAUUUGUUGAAUUCAGAUACUGCCUUUCUGCCAUGGAAGUUCACAUUUGUCGUUAUGCACUUGUGGCUUCUGUGGUGUUGUUGAUGAUGGUCGAAGUCUCAGCAGUGAUUGGUUGGGACUUCCCUGAUGCUGGAGUCGGGUGGGAGCAGGCAGGAGAGUCUCUGGCUGCCAUUGGCUGAGUUGCUGUGAUGCAAGAGAGGGGGUGUGGCAGGUAGGAAUGCCUUGGAGAUGAGUAGAAGAGAAGGCAGGUGACUUGAGAAGGUGUUAGGCCUAGGGCAACUUAAAAGAGGUUCAGAGUAGGUAAAGGGGUAGCCGAGAAGACCAAAGUAAGCUGCUUGAGAGGGUAAGGGAAAUGAUGAGACAGAACGGGCAAAGAGGGAAGGGGCCAAUGUGAGAAAGGCCAGGGAACACAUAGUUGAUGUGAAACUACCAGCCAGGCAGUAGCUCACUAAUGCAAUUGCAUUGAUUUGCCUGCCUUCUCUGUCUUCUGUGAUUUCAUCAUUGGACUUUCUUUGCAGGGCUGAUCUCUUGCAGGAAGAACCUCUUGGACCUGUGUAGAUGUGAUGUCCGGGUCCGGACGAAACGAAGCUCCUGGGGUUUACCAUGAGCGGCAGCGGCUGGAGCUGUGUGCCGUCCAUGCCCUCAACAACGUCCUGCAGGAACGAAUUUUCACGCAAGAGGCGGCGGAUGAGAUCUGCAAGAAGUGAGUGGCUGGAACGUCUUGUGCUUUCGCCUCUUGCUAAUACCUCUGUAUCUGCUUUCAAGAUUCCCAGAGGAGACUUUUCUCUGCAUGCAGGAUCCUUUUAUCAAUGCCCUAACAGCCUUUCAGCUCUGUAAAUGGCUUAUUAGAGUCGCCUUUUAAAAUUCCCCGACAGUCAAUUGUUUUUUCAAGGAGGGAGGGGGAGAGGAAGGCGAAGGCUGUAUCUCCUUCAUAUUUCCUGCUGUGCCCCCCAAAUCUGGCAGCCUUGAGGAUUAGAACCUCCAGGCUGGCUGCUGGAGAACCCCAUAGACAGCCCCCACAGUACCAUGAAAUGCAUGUGAGCAGUGUUAGAAACGCAGAUAUAUAAGCUAGGUGCCAAACAGCUCUUUAAACCAAAGUUACAGUUGCCAUAAUGGAAUGUCUCAUUGCCAUUUUGGGGCAAGACAGCUCUAAAGUCUUAUUUUUCAAAUGAUGGACUGACUGUGAUUGAUUCUCAGUUAUAGAUCUGGCUAGAUCAGAUGACAACCUUGAGCUAGGUUAAGAGCUUUGAGAACUUAAAGAAGAAAAGUACCUUGAUGCAGGGACAGUCCACACACACACACACAUAUAUAUAUAUAUAUAUAUAUGAUAAAGGGACCCCUGACCAUUAGGUCCAGUCGUGACCGACUCUGGGGUUGCGGCGCUCAUCUCGCUUCAUUGGCCAAGGGAGCCGGCGUACAGCUUCCGGGUCAUGUGGCCAGCAUGACUAAGCCACUUCUGGCAAACCAGAGCAGUGCACGGAAACACUGUUUACCUUCCCACCGGAGCGGUACCUAUUUAUCUACUUGCACUUUGAUGUGCUUUUGAACUGCUAGGUUGGCAGGAGCAGGGACCAAGCAACGGGAGCUCACCCCGUCGUGGGGAUUCGAACCACUGACCUUCUGAUCAACAAGUCCUAGGCUCAGUGGUUUAACCCACAGCGCCACCCGUGUCCCUAUAUAUAUAUAUAGGCUGAUUCCAACCUCUUUCUUGAUGGUAACUGUUCCUGCCCAGGCUGCCCAGAAAAAGCAUUUUGGUUCCAGAAAUUCAUUCCUUGUGCGGAUAAAAAACAACUGAUGGAAUUCUACAGGAUGGGGCAUUAGUGGGUGAAAGAAACAGUCCCGAUCCAAUGAUCCCCAGGUAUCCGCCUCCAGAUGGUGGACGUGUCAGGCAUCAUCCUGGCUCCCAGGCAUCUUCUCCAAGUCAAAGGUGGUCGAAAGCCAUGGCUAAUUUUGAACACUGCGUGUGAGGUUUGGCAUAACUUGUGCUUAACUAGCUUUCAGUGAAUCAUCUUUAAAACACGGUUCUGCAUCGGCACAUGGUGGCGCAUCACCCCUUCCGCUUGGCAUGGACCUGCCAGUGCGCCUUUAAAUUCAGGAGCGCUGGACUAGGGCAGGGCACUAAUUCUGCAUGCCUGUCACCGAAGGGAUGGUUCACCUGUGUCCUUGACAGUUGAUGGAUGGACUGGGCAACUCCCAAGGUGUUUUGCGGGAGAUGCUGUUUCCUUUAGUCACUUAAAUCCACUGGUCAUCGCGGUACUUUAAUUAGCACAGUGCAGAUAUAUAUCUUGCACUCGGCAGCCACUCCAGCGGAUGGAACAGGUGUAAAGUCGGCAUCUGAAAUACUGCUUCUUUUGCCGUAUAGAUCUGUUGAUUGAUUGUUCAUUUUUAUACAACAUUGUUCGGGGCAAGCACUCCUCCCUGGGGUAUAAUAUUUCUCUGGAAAAGCAGAGGAGGCAGUUGAAUAGAAAGAAGUACACAUCCUUUAUUCUCGAUAUAUUUUGAGGGUAACUCUCUCUGGGGACAAGUUUCUACAAACUUGAAACGGGCAGAAAGAGAACAGGAUGUGUGAAAUGCACAUAUUUUAUUCGGCACAAACUUAGGAGAACCAAAAAUCUGCAGGUUGAUAAUAAAUGAGUAAAUUUGCAGGAUGAUAAAAAAGAAAUUACAACAGCUACAUAGUAACAUCAUUGGGUUGGUGCUUUUACAGAAUAGAAGAAAGAAAGGACUAUCUCUUGGAGAAUACAAUAUAGCAUCUGACAGAGGAAGAUGGAAAUGGGGCUGGGGGAGUUUGCAAUGUAAUUCAGUAAUGAUGUUUUUAGGUUAAAUCAUACAUACGGACUAAGGGGUUGUACUGACCAGAGAAGGUGGGUAUUGAGGAGAGACAACAUGAUGUGGUUAAAACCCUAAAUGCCCUUGGCCCUGUAUACCUGAAGGAGCAUCUCCAUCCCCAUUGCUCAGCCCAGACACUAAGGUUCAGCUCUGAGGGCCUUCUGGCGGUUCCCUCACUGCGAUAAGUGAAGCUACAGGGAACCAGGCAGAGGGCCUUUGUGGUAGUGGCACCUGUCCUGUGGAACACCCUGCCAUCAGAUGUUAAGGAGAUGAGUAAUUAUAUAACAUUUAGGAAACAUCUGAAGGCAACACUGUAUAGGGAAGCUUUUUAAGGUUUAAUGUUUUACUAUGCUUUUAUAUACAGUGGUACCUUGGGUUACAUACACUUCAGGUUACAUAUGCUUCAGGUUACACACUCCGCUAACCCAGAAAUAGUGCUUCAGGUUAAGAACUUUGCUUCAGGAUAAGAACAGAAAUCGGGCUCCGGCAGCACGGAGGCAGCAGGAAGGCCCCAUUAGCUAAAGUGGUGCUUCAGGUUAAGAACAGACCUCCGGAACGAAUUAAGUACUUAACCCGAGGUACCACUGUAUGCUGCAAGCCGCCCAGAGUUGCUGGGGCGACUCAGUCAGAUGGGUGGGGUACACAAUAAUAAUUUGAAACAGUAAUUCUCGGAUAUGGGUCCUACUCUGAUCCCAAGAAUUUCCCUGUGCCUUAUUCUUUCACUGGUGUCCAGCCCUCUGAUUCUUACAGCGAGUCCCUCCUUCCUUCCCUCCAACAGGCUGGCCCCAGAUGCCAGGUGGAACCCGCACCGCAGCUUUCUGGGAACCGGGAAUUAUGAUGUCAACGUCAUCAUGGCAGCUCUUCAGAGUGUGGGUCUAGAAGCCAUCUGGUGGGACAAACGGAGGUGAGGAGAGCAGCAACCUUUGCCUGGUGUUGUGUAUCUGCUUCCCCUGGCGCAGGUGACUUUGCAGGCUCCCCAUCAUCUCUCAGCUUGCCACUGCUACGGUGGCCGACUUGCCACGCUCCUGUUCUUCUCCCUCCCAUUGGCAGAUCCUCUUCCACCUUCCUCGUUUAGCUUCUUUCUUUCUUAUGCUUAUGGGAUGCCUUUCUGCCAAAUUGCUGGGGGCAAUCUAAGGUGCAAUUCUAUUAUAUGAAAGGAAAGCAAAAUGAGAAGUGAAGGGAGAGGCGGGGAGGGGGGAAGGAAACUAAGCAGAGUUGCAUAGCAUCUUCAGGUCUAAUAACUGGAUGGAGUGGCCACUGCAAUGAGAGCGUUUGGAGAGAAAGAGGGCAGCCAAUUGGCGUCAGCUGAGCUUAUGGAGGGGCUCUUGCUGGUUCAAGGCAGCAGGAAGUCUCCGCGUUUCACCUCCCCAUGUUACCUGUGCAUAUGGAGAUGAAUUGCGAGCACCCGAGGUAAGUUGGUCUGCACUGCAAUGUUGAGUAAGGAAGGCCAAAGUCUCAUGGAACUAGAGGCAGCCGCUGAAAUCUCCCACCAUUUGCUCUUUUGAUAUGAUUGCAGUCCCCAUAGGGCAGGCAUGUCCAACAGGGCAAUCACAAUCUACCGGUCGAUCGCGGGGCGUCCCUGGUCUUCUUCCCCCCUAAAAAUCUCAACAACUUUGGUCAAUCCAAUGGGUUGAUCGCUAACAGUUUGGUUAUAGUGGGAGUAGAUUGCAGUCUCUUGGGAGUUGGACAUGCCUGCCAUAUGGUGUUUUUGUUGUUGUCCUCUACCGUGAAUUGUUCCCAUUUAAAAAGUUGGACCUGGAAUUCUGGAGAAUGUGGAAGUGACAUUUUGCUCCCAGAUAAUCUCCUCCUCUCCCAAGGACUGACUGUGUUGAGACCAGGGUGGAUUAAAAAAAUAUAUCAGAUUUUUAAAAUAAAAUGCUUUUGGAGGAAAAAUCUUUCUAAAGAUCGUUUUGUAUUUAAGUUACAUUAUAGUCCAAAGGCUAUUCAUCAGGAAAUAAGGACAUGUUUAAGUUUUUCAUGUGUGCUAAAACUCCGUCUAAGUUUUUUUUUUUUAAUUGUUUAACCACAUCAGUUAACAAACAUGGAUACAUGUGCUAUAAUGUUACUGUUUUAGUUAAAUAAAUUGUUUACAUUGUUAUUCAGGAAAUGAUUAUUUUACUCCUUCCAAUAAAGUACGGUAGAAAAGUUGUCCAUAUAUAAACAGUUAACUUAUUAAACCUCACAAUAAUUUUGUAAUUAUCGGUCUGUGUAUUUCUAAUAGUAUAACCAACUCAGUAAUUUUUUAUAUAACUGUAAAAACAACUCUGAAAAUUCAUUAUUCCAAAACUGAAACCUGGUUGUAAAUAUUAAGAUUAUACCAGCAAGAAUUAGUCUUUCUGUAAAAAGAAAGAAAGAAUGAAAGAUUUAAAUCAAGUCUUACUGACUAGUGAUUUAAAUGAAAUCCACCCUGGUUGAGACCUGCUUUAGCUUCCUAACAGCUCGACACCAUUGAGUUUCUACGAGUCACUUGAGGAAUCUGUGUCUCUCUCUAGAAUCAUAUCCUCUUUGACAAGUCUCAUCUCCCUUUGUGCCUUAGGCCCCUAGAGCAGCUCUCCCUGGAAGGGGUUCUUGGCUUCAUCAUCAAUGUCCCGUCCAACGUGUGUCUGGGCUUCCUGUCCCUCCCAGUGAGGCGCCGCCACUGGAUCGCUGUGCGCCAGCUUGACGGCACCUACUACAACCUUGACUCCAAGCUGAAGGGGCCGGCUCCAAUCGGUGGUGAAUCUGACCUCAGGUACUGCUGCUGUGGCUGGUUUGGGGACGACUACUGUGUAGUCCCAGGGACGCGGGUGGCACUGUGGGUUAAACCACAAAGCCUAGGACUUGCCGAUCAGAAGGUCGGCGGUUAGAAUCCCUGCAAUGGGGUGAGCUCCCAUUGCUCGGUCCCUGCUCCUGCCAACCUAGCAGUUCGAAAGCACCUCAGAGUGCAAGUAGAUAAAUAGGUACCGCUCCGGCGGGAAGGUAAACGGCAUUUCCAUGCGCUGCUCUGGUUCGCCAGAAGCGGCUUAGUCAUGCUGGCCACAUGACCCAGAAGCUGUACACCAGCUCCCUCGGCCAAAUUAGCAAGAUGAGUGCCGCAACCCCAGAGUCGGUCACGACUGGACCUAAUGGUCAGGGGUCCCUUUACCUUUACCUUUACUGUGUAGUCCCAGUGAUUUAUUUUUAAAUACUUUAUAUCCUGCCUCCAUUAUCUUCCUCGCGCCCCAAAGCAAAUCAGAGUUGUCUUACACCAAAGCAGAUUGUGCAAUGGAAUAGAAUUUAUAGUGUGAGAAAGAAGACCUUAAAGCUCAUUUUGCUGAUUUAAAGGAAUCCACUGCCAUAGCAUUCCUGCUAGAUGGCUAUUCGGCAAUAAAUAAGAAAUACAUUAUAAACUUAUUGGAAAACGAAACACCACCAGUUUUGCAGGUAAACGUUGCUUAAAUAACAAGAGCAUCAGAAAACUCAGUUCAAAGGCUUCUGGCAUAGUCUUGUCUUCUCUUUGCCAGGCAUCUAGAAGAGUAUGAAGCGUUGGGUCCUGACAAGCUUUCCUUGGAAAGUUAUUCAUAGAAUCACAGAAUUGUAGAGUUGGAAAGGGACCCCAAGGGUCAUGUAGUCGAACCCCCUGCAAUGCAGGGAACUUGGCUAAAGCCUCCAUGGCAGAUGCCCAACUAACCUACGCUUAAAAACCACCAACGAAGGAGAGUCCAUAGGUUGGUGCUGUUAUCAAAAAAGCCUGGCUUCUAGUAGCUGUUCAUGGUAUGUCAUUCGGCAGUGGGAGAGAGCAAAGGUGGAGAUGGAGAAGGAAUAUACAGGAGGAGGAGCCUGAAGAUACACGGGUCCCAAGAAUACUCGAGGUGGUCAAAAGAAGUUUGUGUAGUUUUAAUCUCGCCACUGCCAACAUGUAAAGGAGCGUCUCAACCCCCGUUCUGCCAGGACACUGAAGUCCAUCUCCAGUGGCCUUCUGGCGGUUCCCUCACUGCGAGAAUGAGGUUACAGGAAACCAGGCAGAGGGCCUUCUUGGUAGUGGCGUCCACCCUGUUGAAACACCCUUCCAUCAGAUGUCAAGGAAAUAAACAACUACAGUGGAUGCUCGGGUUGCGAACGUGAUCCAUGCGGGAUGCUCGUUCGCAACCCAUGGCAUUCGCAACCCACGUCUCUGCAUGCGCGGGUUGCGAUUUUGCGCUUCUGCGCAUGUGCAAAGUGCAAUUUAGCUCUUCUGCACAUGCGCGACCGCCAAAACCCGGAAGUAACCCGUUCCAGUACUUCCGGGUUUUGGAACCUAAAAACCUAAAAAAACCUAACCUGAAGCGGCUGUAACCCGAGGUAUGACUGUAUCUGACUUUUAGAAGACAUCUGAAGGCAGCCCUGUUUAGUGAAGUUUUUAAUGUUUGAUGUUUUAUCGUGCUUUUAAUCUUCUGUUGGGAGCCACCCAGAGUGGCUGGGGAAACCCAGCCAGAUAGGCGAGGUAUAAAUAAUACAUUAUAUAAUAAAUUUAUCAUUACUAUUAUGGUUUUGUUACUCUGAGCUGCCAGCAUGAGAGACAUAUUUGAGAGAGAUAUAUUUGGGAGAUGUUACUGCCACCACCUCUGUAGCCCCCCCCCCCCAUUCCUGAGCUCAGAGGAAACUGACGUUGUUCUCUGGACAUCUUUGGGAUUCACAAAGACACGAGCCAAACAGCCCACUCACUGCCUUUUGAGUUACACAAGGGAACUCGGCAGCGUGUGACAAAGCAGGCAGGUAUGGGAUUCAGAACCAAGUUCACUUCAAGCAGCUGUGCAAGGAUAAACGCAAUGCUUUAUUCAGAAGGUUGCAGGUGUUCCCCCUCCCCCACACACUUAUGCGGGAUUUGUGUUCUGGGCCCCCGCACGCAUAAGUGAAAUUGCAUAAAGUGGAGAACCACCCCACUUCAAUAGGGAGGGCGUGUGGGGAGGAGAGAGAGAAAGAGACUCAUAUACGCCGCUGCAGCUGUUGCCUGGAAGUCGCUCGGGAUCACUGCCCAGCCUUUCCCGAGUCUUCCCAUAUUGAGGGCCACUGCCCGGCACACCUUCCCCCGCUCAUUUCUGAGCAGCAGCCCUGAGCAAGAGAGGACCAAUUAAUUUAUUAAUUACGUGGUGACCCAUGUAAACAUGGUUGCAAGUGGAGUGUAUAACAUAAGCGUAAGAACCCUUUGCCAAUAAAAUACGGGCUUAACAGUAUAUGGUGUACAGUCAUACCUCGGGUUACAGCCGCUUCAGGUUGCUUUUUUUGGGUUGCGGACCACCAAAACCUGGAAGUACCGGAACAGGUUACUUCCGGGUUUCAGCAGUCACGCAUGCGCAGAAGCGCUGAAUCGCAACCUGCGCAUGCGCAGAUGCGGGUUGCGAACGUGCAUCCCGCACGGAUCGCGUUCACAACCCGAGUGUCCACUGCAUUUGGGAAUUGGGAGUACAGAAUAAAAAAUGGCAAAGCCAGCUUGUGUCACGCUAAUACCAACCAUUAGAGUCACACACCUCACUAGUAGAUUUCAUCCAGGCAUGCAUGGUUUUUGCAGUUUAUGAUGCUUCAGCCAAAUUGGAUUUGUUAGACCCAGGUCAAAAACCAGUUUGAAAAAAUAAAUAAUUCAAAAACUGCCUGGAUACAGAAGGGUAGAUUUUCUGUCAGCUUGUUGGGUCCCGGGAACAUAUUACACCAGCUCUGGAGGGUUAUGUGCUGGAAUAUGUGCUCUGUGGAUUUCUGCACAGUCACUGUGACCUUGAUGCAGUCUUGCAUCAGACACACAGGUGGCAAGAUGAACUGAUUCAAUGAAACAUCUUCCUCGAUGAAGACUGCGCCCAGAAUCCUGAGCAAAAAGCCAUUUUAAAAUGAGGCUAAAAAGUAGGGCUCCUUUGCAGGAUGGGUAGGCAGAAGCCAGCCCCGAGGUACUUUGCAAUGUCUUGCUCUGGAAAGCAGUCAGGUCUCUUCCACUCCCCAUUUGUGUAUCUGUCUGAUGAUACCCUUUGCAUGAUGGGUUAAGCCAGAGUUAGACUGGGGAAAUGGACCAGAGGGACCAUAAUGUUGCCCCAUUUUUCUAUUUGCAACUACUGAUGCUGCAGAAGAGGUGCUUCUGUUUCUGCCACUGAUGAGAGGCAACGCCUGAAACCAGCUCAGAAUAGCUUAGGGCCAGAGUAUCUGAAGAAUGCUCCACCUCCAUUGUUCAGCCAGGACACGGAGGUCCAGCUCUGAGGACCUUCUGGUGGUUCUCUCAUUGUGAGAUGUGAAGCUACAGGGAACCAGGCAGAGGGCCUUCUUGGUAGUGGCACCUGCCCUGUGGAAUGCCCAACUGACUGACUUUUAGAAGACAUCUGAAGACAGCCCUACUCCUGUUCAGGGAAGUUUUUAAUGGCUUUUUUGAAGUUUUAAUGAAGCCACCCAGAGUGGCUGGGGCAACCCUGUCAGAUGGGCAGCAUAUGAUGAUGAUGAUGAUGAUGAUGAACCACCUUCUCCUGUAGGAACUUGCCCUUUCCCUGAGGUCCUGAGGCUGUUUUCCAGGUUCCAGGGAGGAUAGAUGGGUGGUCACUGGAGAUAAAUUGUCUUCAUGGUAGUGCCCCAGCUUAGGGGAUAUUUUUUCCAGCGAGUCUUUUGGCAACCAUCCUCCCAGUUUGCAGACACUGUGUUAAAACUCAGGCUGCUAAAGAGUUCUGAGGGUGAAGUCCUUUUGCGUCCUUACUUGUGAGCAGCACCAGCUGAGCACAGUGUUACUCGCUUCCGAGUAAGGGGCAGGCUAGCAUAUGGAUUCCAGUUGCUCAUGAGGAAAUAGCAGCAGCCCUGGAGUGCUUCGUUUCACAAGGUGGAUGUGUCACAGAGCAGGCAUUUACUCUUCUCGGACAGCAGGUAAUUGCUUUAAAGGUGGCAUUUGCCACCCACGAUUUUUAUACGUAUUAAAAAUGGUAAAGAAAAGAAAUCUGAUGGAGUGGGAGCCCUUGGCUUUUCAAGAGGAUAAGAUGUCAGUCCAGCAGCGACUUAAAAACAAUUUCAUUCUGCUGAACUUUUGACAGGUAAUAAUAAUGUGAUAGGUCGUUUGUUUCCUACCUGUUACAAUCACAAGCAGUUGCCUUGCACCAAAUAAGUUGCCUUGCACCAAGACUUUGAGAUUAGACCACUGAAGAAGCCCGGAAAACUAUCUUGGGAGUGUGCUACCUGCAAGCCCCAGUUAAAGGGCCCCAUUGGGGGUGAACAGUGGCCUUUUGAUUACUUGGACUGCCAGGGCGAAACAGGUGCAAAACACCGACACCCUGUCUCUGUCUACAACUCUACUAGCAUCUCUCGUGAAUAUCACCGAACUUACCUUUUGUUGGUAUCUUCAUGAACUUAUUCAAAAGUCUGAGUUAAGCAUUUGAAAAAUCUAUUGAAACCAGACAUUAUAAGUUCAUUUUAGGCUGGGUAGUUUGCAAGUCUUUGUGGCUUCGUUUUGUAUUUUUCUCAGAAGGUUGAUAAAGUAUGUAUCAUUAUUGUUCUGUGUAUAUUAAUCGCCAACGUGUUGCGUGAGUCGCACUACUUCUAUCAGCAACACAGGUUGCAUUUUUCUAGCAUUAUUGCACCAAAUAAGAGCAUUGGUCUAUGUAACUAAGUACAGUGGUACCUCCGGUUGCGCAUGGGAUCUGUUCUGGAGCUCUAGUUGGAUCCCGAGGAAUUCGCAACCAGAGGUGCCUGUUCUGCACAUGCGCAUGUGCAGUAGAGCGCUUCUGCGCAUGUGUGCGGUGCGUAGAGCGCUUCUGCGCAUGUGCGCCUGGCGAAACCUGGAAAAAUACUUCUGGGUUUGCCGCGUGCAUAACCCGAAGAAUACGCAACCAGAGGUGUGCGUAUCCAGAGGUACCACUGUAUCGUCUACACCAGGAAUGGGGACACCGUGACCCUCCAGAAUGUUGGACUUCAACUCCCAUCAACCCAGUUGUCUGGAAUCAUGGGAGUUGUAGUCCAGCAACAAUCUGGAGGGCUACAGGUUCCCCCUUCCCGGCCUCCACUGACCACCAGAAGCUCUCCAGGAUUUCAGAGAGAGAUCUCAUCCAGUACUUACCUGGAUAUUCUGGGAAUUGAACCUAAAGGCCCUUCUGCAAGCAGCACAUGUGUUCCGUCACUAGGCUGUGGCGCUGCUGGCUCUGUUGCUGUGUGUUCCACUUUCAGAAUGUAUGUGACUGACUUUGGGUUGUAAGUUGCGUGGAAAACCUGAUGGUGCAAAGGCAAGUCAUUAAAGAGGAACUAAAUUGAGAAAACCAGACCGACUUCUUGUAGCCAGAGAUCGUGCAGGCAAUUUUUUUUUUUUCCAUUCUUUCAUCGGAUUCAUGGAAUAGAGUGUUAAAAUUGAGGUGUGCACUGAGCAAAAGGGUCAUUGCAGGAUCAACCAAGCUAACCACGCGAGGAGGCACAAGAUGGUAGGAACGUGGAGAACACAGCCUGCUCAUCUGGGGGUGUGAGACAUGAAUGUCAUCCAUAAUCUAAACAGCUGCUACAGCAUCAAAGCAUAUAACCUCUUGCCCUCAAAAGCCACGGUAAGCCAGCUACUCCCCAGAGACGCUGCAGUGCCUUUUGGCCUUUGAUAAAGACCAGCCCAGUAACUCUCCUGGAAUUUUGUUCCUCCUCUUGAAACGCUACACCCCACUUGGAAGUCUUACUAGUGCCAGGCAAAAUGAGCAGUUUCCUUCUGGUGUGAGCUGGCAGCAAGGCAAGGGUGAAGUUUGGUAAACAGCCACGGCUAUUUUGUGCUGCGCCGGUUCUGCAACUGGAAUUCCGUCAAUGGGUGUUUGGAGUUCGCUUUGAGAGACCCUGCGAGAUCCUGUUUGGGGAAGGACCUUUGACCACAUGCCUUCUGUGCAGAAUAUCCCAGAAUAUUCAAUUGCUGGUGUCUCCAGCAAUCGCCCCCUGCACAAAACCCCCAAAUUGCUAUUGCUAGUCAAGAGUAAUAAUAAAUUAUUAAUUAAUUAAUUAAUUAAUUAAUUAAUUAUUAUUUAUACCCCACCAAUCUGGCUGGGUUUCUUCAGCUACUCUGGGCAGCACCCAACAGAAUACAGUGGUACUUCGGGUUACAUACGCUUCAGGUUACAGACUCCGUUAACCCAGAAAUAGUACCUCAGGUUAAGAACUUUGCUUCAGGAUGAGAACAGAAAUCAUGCUCUGGAGGCGCGGCGGCAGCGGGAGGCCCCAUUAGCUAAAGUGGUGCUUCAGGUUAAGAACAGUUUCAGGUUAAGAACGGACCUCCAGAAUGAAUUAAGUACUUAACCUGAGGUACCGCUGUAUUAAAAACACAAUAAAACAAACGUUGAAAACUUCCCUAAACAGGGCUGUCUUCAGAUGUCUUAGAAGGCUUGUGCCUUUUAGAAAUCAGAUACAGUCAAACCUCUUCUUACGUCCGCCUCCGCUCGCGUCCAUUUCGCCUAACGUCCGCGGCAAACCCGGGAGUAACCAGCAGGUUUGCCGCCAUUCGCGCAUGUGCAGGAGUGUCGAUCGUCGUUCGCGCAUGCACAGAAGCGGGCAAUUGCUGCCUGCGCACAACGGCGCCCCUCCCAGCAACCCGUUUCGACUUCCAGAUGGGCCUCCAGAACGGAUUGUGGUUGUGAGUAGAGGUUCCAUCACAGUUGUUUGUUUCCUUGACAUCUGAUAGGAGGGCAUUCCACAGGGCGGGUGCCACUACCGAGAAGGCCCUCUGCCUGGUUCCCUGUAAUCUCACUUCUCACAGCGAGGGAACCACCAGAAGGCCCUCGGAGCUGGACCUCAGUGUCCGGGCUGAACGAUGGGGGUGGAGACGCUCCUUCAGGUAUAGACAGUACUGAGCUAGAGAGACCAAUGGCAGCUUUCUACAUUCCUGUCCGUGACCUCUUCUUCCUUCCCUCUUCUUCACCACAGGGUGUUCCUGCAGGAAAUACUGUCCCAGGGCCCUUGCGAGCUGCUGCUGGUCGUGCCCCAUGAGUCGAGCGAAGCUGGGAACUGGCUGAGCACAGUCAGGUGACCCCUGGUGCCUAUGGAUCCACGUUGGGGCCUGCCCUGAAGCACUCUGCCCCACCCUGUUGUGCUGGCUGCUGCAUGCGUUGUGGGGGAGGAAGAAGCUGCACGUCCUCCCGUUUCUACACUGCCAGUCUGGGAGUGACAGUACGAGAUCCGUCCUCUUCCCCUCUCCAGGAAAUAGGAGUCCCCAGCUUCCCCCUUGCUUUUUAAAGACUUGGCCUGUCCUGGGACAGUGUGGAAUAAAGGAUGCAGUGCCCAAAUGGUGGCAGGUCUCCUGGCGCGACCAGUUAAGACCUGUGAGAUGAGUCAUGCUAUGUCUUCCAACAGCGACCAGCCAGAUCUUUGAAGGGUGUGUGUGUGUGUAUAUGUGUCUAGCUUUACAGGCAGGCUAUGAUGGUUCUGUCCAACCCUUGUGCGUUUCCUGGCAUGUGGCAGUCGAUGAUAUAAAUGUGUCUGACUACCCGGUUCUGCUUCCAGCCACUAUGGCAUAGCAGACCUCUCUUCUCUGCUUAUACGUGAUCCCUUUCGUGAAAAGCCAUUUCUGCUAGUGCAUCACAGUGAGUUCCUUGGGCUAAGUGAGGACUUCCUUUGCCUUUUGCCUUAAAUCUGCCGCCUCUUCAUUUUGGGGUGAGGUGCCGGGUGCCUCCAAAGGGAGGAUAUUGGGAGGGGCAAUUUGCAGGACAUUUCGUUUUCUUUUUUCCUGCAGAAGGCCGUAGGAAUGAUAUAUGGGGUUAAGAACUCUCGAGUGGCUGUCUUGACGAGUGAAGUUGGAAAAAGAGGGAGAAAAGGAGUGUGAAAGUGCAAUUUUGUUAGCACAUCUGGGGAACCGGGGUGAAGUUGGCUAGAGGAAUUAUUGGGCUGGAGUCGCAGAUUGGCUUGCACAGAGAUGCAGGGCUGCAAGCACUUAACUCCUGGGCCCGUAAUUGCUGGCUAACAUAAAUUCAACCAGGAAGCUUCUCCCAACAAUGUUAGGUGUUGGGGAAAAUCUGUCUGUUGGAUUUCUACCUGUUCCAAAGCACAGGUUAGAUUGGGGUAGGGGGAAGAGGUAGGUUUUUGUUUUUGUUUUUGUGGGUGGAGGGAGUCUUCUUAAAGGAAAAAGGUGUGUUUCUCAUCCUCCGGGAGGAAAAUUGCAAAGGGGUACAUGGCGUCCCUUGCAGUAGGUCAGAAAUGAGUGGGAGCUGCGCAGCUUUUCCGCAGCGGUCAGGAAGUGAGGCUAGUACCUUGCCCAGCUCUCUCUCGCCCCCCCCCCCCACGUAAUAAUCCUUCCAGUCUUUAUGCUUUGUUUAGCAAUGUGUGCUGUACUUUUCCUGACAAGGAAAAUAUCCGCCCUCUUCCAAAACACAAGAACCUUUUUAAGUUCUUGGAAACCGAAAAAGAAGGAAAAACUAAAUGAUGCAAAACCAAUAAAACGUGUGCUGGAGUUUGUGAUUGUUCCGCGUGGAAUGUAUUUUUCUUCUUCCCUGGAAUGGGCGGAGGGAGUCACACCUGCUUGCAUAGGGAGAGUCAGCCUCUUGUUUUGGAAGAGUCACUGUGACUGUGUCGGGGAAUGCAUGAGUGGAGUGGGAAAGGUUGCCUAUUGCAGGUAAGAAACCAGUUCUGUGUUGCUAAUUAUAUUAGUGAGUGAGUGUUUGUGUGUCCCCACCGCUUCACAGAUGAAAACAGAGACACUCUUUUCGUAUGCUGGUGCUAGCCCUCUUUUUUCAUCAAAGUAUAUUUAUUUAUUCAUGUACGUUUAGGGUUGCCAUAUUUCAAACAGUGAAAAUCCGGACAGAAAAGUUGUUGAGCUUUUUCUUUUUCUUUUUGGGGGGCGCAAAAUCACUUUUAAAAAAUGCCGUUUUUGAGCUAUUUUUAUGGAUAAAUGGCAAAAUCCUCACUGCAGACAUGGGCUGCCAAAAUCCAGACGUAUGGCAACCCUAUGUAUCUUUAUUAAAAUAUCUAUAUCACUCUUCCUCUAAGGACGUCAGGCCAGUUUUCAAUACCAAAACACAAAAACGCUUAAAUAUUUUUAAAAAAACCACACCCCCAUUUUAAAAGACCAUUGAUUGUUCAAUUAGCCAAAUGUCUAGAAGAAGAAGAAUGUUUUUGCUUGGUGCCUAAAUAUCUGUAAUGAAUGUGCCGGGCGAGCCUCCCUGGGGAGACCAUAUCACAAGCAGGGAGCCACCACAGAAAAGGCCCGUUCUCCAGACCUGUUGCGGAAGAGGCACACGAGGAAGGGCCUCGGGUGAUGAUCAUGGGGUCCUGGUCGCUACCAUUGGCUUAGCCUGUUCCUGCCCCCCCUUACCUAUUGCAUUUGUUUAUUAAACUGAAGAGCUACUAUACAGAAGAGGUCAAAGGGUGGGUCUCUGCUUUUCCAGAAGGCAAAGCUAGGGUCACAUUCAUGCCAUGCAUUUAAAGCACUGUGAUAUCACUUUAUAAACAGUCAUGGCUUCUCCUGAAGGAUUGUGGGAGCUGUAGUUUGUUAAGGAUGCUGAGAGUUGUUGGGUGGCCCCUAUUCCUCUUCUAGAGCUUUGAUUCCCAGAGAAUUUGGAGCUCUGCCAGGGGAAUAAGGGUCACCCAACAACUCUUAAAGGGUAAAGGUAAAGGGACCCCUGACCAUUAGGUCCAGUCGCAGAUGACUCUGGGGUUGCGGCGCUCAUCUUGUUUUACUGGCCGAGGGAGCCGGCGUACAGCUUCUGGGUCAUGUGGCCAGCAUGACUAAACCGCUUCUGGCGAACCAAAGCAGUGCAUGGAAAUGCCGUUUACCUUCCCUCCGGAGCGGUACCUAUUUAUCUACUUGCACAUUGUGCUUUUGAACUGCUAGGUUGGCAGGAGCAGGGACCGAGCAACGGGAGCUCACCCUGUCAUGGGGAUUCGAACCGCUGACCUUCCGACCGGCAAGCCCUAGCCUCUGUGGUUUAGACCACAGCGCCACCCGCGUCCUAACAACUCUUAAGCACCUUGAACAAACUACAUCUCACAAAUGUAGGGCCAUAUCUUCCAACAUUCCUCAGGUGAAAAUAGGGACAUUUCUCAGUCUUCUCCUCGCCUGCUCUCCAGGACCUGUUACAACCUUCCCAAGGAAGGAGGCUGGCAGCAGAGGCUGUGUAAUUCCAAGAUAGUCCCUGGAAAAUCGUGACACUUGGAGGGUAUCCUGGCAUGAAUGUGGCCUAGAUCUUAUGGGCUUAAGUUACAGGAGUGCCGAUUUUGAAUGACCAUUGGGAGAAAUGCUCUUAACUGGGAAGAGCAGUUUUACAAUGAAACGAGAGGGGUGGCUGGAGGUGUUUUGGCAAAGUCUGGGCAGCUAUAUGUCGAGGAGGAGCUUCAACUGGAUGGCCCCCAAUAAGGAUGGGGACCUUUUUGGGGUCACAGGCCAGAUAUUUAUGAGGCUCCCCCCCUUCCACUGCCUAUCAAUCACCUGGUGGCAUCAGGGGAUUUGGUGCUUUGAAGUCCCAAAGAGGUUUUGCCUUGAAACAGCUGCGAAAGCAAAGACCCUUUUUAUUUUGCUGCCUCUGAGCCGCUUUGAAGUCCAAACUCACUUUAAUCCCUCGGUUUUGGUAGGAUUUAGUGCAAGCCCCUUGCCGAUGGAGGAAGGGGUUUUGUGCUGAAACUGCUUCUGAAAUGGAAAGGCGGCGGGGAGGGAACUUUGCUCUAACGGGGGUUUCCAUCCCGCUUAGACCCGGGUUUGGGUUUGUGAGAGUUCCACGCUUUAUGUUGAGUGCCUGGUGAGUGGGCCUGCCUUGCCUGAGACAGCCUCACUGGCCAAAUUUGGUGUGAGGGGCCAGAGUUUCCCCACUUUUUUAAAAAAAUGUUUAAAAUAUUUUUUUUUUUUACCAACACCCAAAACACAAACAGUGAAAACCCCCCCAUGCGGCUGGUACAUUGGGUAUACAUCAUCAAUAAUAACAUCUUCAAAUCAACCAUAUGUACAAUUUUAUAUACGUUAACACUCCUCCAUCCCCAAGGUUUAUUUAAUUUUUAACAUUUUAAUUGCCCCAAAUUGUUCAAACCUACCCAAAUAAUUCAAUAUCUUCUCAAACCAAACUUCCUCUUUCUCACUGACCUUAAACCCUUUCAUUCUGUGUAUCUUUGCAGUUAGAUAUUCUAAAAUUAUAAUAUUAUUCAGUUUUUUCCUCCAUUGGUUCACCCCUAACUCUUCUGCGUUUUUCCAAUUACUCGCUAUAACCUAUCUGGCUGCAGUUACCAUCAAUUUUACCCAUUUACAUUCCUCUUUUGUUUUUAACUCGGUACUACUCAGACUAAUAAGAACCAUUAAUUUAGAUAUUCCCACCUUCCUACCCACAAUUCCCAAUAUUUGUAUACCAAUCUGCUUCCAAAAUUCAUUAACUAAUGGACAAUCCCACCACAUAUGACUGUAUGUUCCCAUCACGCCACUUAAGGCUCUAUGAGGGCGCUUCCAACUCUGUUGUGGUGCAGUGGGUCACUGGAUCUGGUUGUUAACCAGAAGGUUGGUGGUUUGAGCUCACCCAGGGACGGCUGUGGGCUGCAUUGCCGGGAUUGGACUAAUGACCCUCAGAGUCCCUUUCCAACUCAACGAUUCCAUGAUUCUGCGGUAGCCUCUUCUGCCCUUCCUCCUCCUGUGUUGUGUAGGAGCAAGGUGACCUUAACUGCAUCCUAAUAUAGGAACACUUUAAUCACUCGCUGAAUCUGUUUAUACACGUAAUUGCAAAACGCUACAGUUCUAACAUCCAGCAAUAUGUUAGAAUUGGGGACAGAUGGCUAUGGCUGGCGAGGGGGCAGGGUAAUUUCAUUCCGUUCUCGUUUAAAGGCGAACCCACCUCAUUCGCCGUUUUCAAAACAAGAUGUAAUUUGAAACAUGACCGUCCUUCACAAUGUGUGGUUUUCCAAAGUUUGCAAUGCGGUUCCCCAGCCAAGUAUUGUGCACACAAAUACACAGAAUCAGGUGCACGUGAAAAUGCAUCUGUUUGUGAAAGUAACAUCUAAAAAGCAUUAUUGCCCCAAGCUGUGCGGCAAAUUUAAAAAAUUGUAUAUUAGUCAAAAUUGCAUGCAGUGGUAUAAAGAGAAAUUCGUAUGAAACUGCUUCUGAAGUUUCAUGAAGGUUUUUCUUUUUUAAAAAAAGCAAAUUGAUGUGGAGAACUGAAUUUAAGAUUGGAAAAAUGGGAAACACAGAACCCGCAAAUUUACAUGUUCCUCUAUCAUGGUGGAAGGGAGCAGAUCUGUGUCCCUAUGCACCAAUUUACAUGUGGCGAAUGUUGAGAGGCCAAGGGAUGUCUGCCCUCUUCCAUCAGCUGCUUAACUUUUUGAAAACACAGAAGGUUGGAUUCUUGACUAACUUGAAUGAAUGCUCGUUGUUAUGUACUGAAGUUCUCACCCUGGGCCAGCAGGGGGAUACUGUAGAUAGUUAUGCAAAUGAAGGAUCGAAAAGUGACGUUCAGUGAUUGGAUAGUUUUGUAUGCAAAUGAAGGAUCGAAAAGUGAC